UGAUUGGGCAGUGUUUUUAUUUUUAUUUUGUUUGCCUAAUCCAAUAGUUUAAUAAUACUUUAAUGCAGCCAUUUAUUGUUAUACGCAACUAUACGCAAGAUGACGAGCUCAAGUGCCAGGAGCUGGUGCGGGACUACAUUAUGUCGUUCUCCAACAAGUCCUUUUUUGUCUAUUGCUUUCGAGAGAUCACCCUGCAGUUUAUAGUUAUCACCUGGGCCAUAUUCUUCAUAUUUCUGGGAGUGCCCCUUCUUUUCUGCGCCCUUACUGUGCCCGCUUGCAUCUUCUGCCUUUUCACCGGCACAUAUUUCUCAUUUUAUUCCAAGGCUGUGGAGCUGAUGAGGACCAAACCAUCGCAAUCCUUGGUGGCCGAGUGUUAUGAACCCUUCAUUUUUCGCUGCUCUCCCAAAGAAGCUAGCUACCAGAUUUUCAUCGAUAACUGUCCGUAUGAUGAGGUUUAUAUACGAAAAUUUCGUCGUCGGAUUGUGGCCGCAAUUAGUGUGAAGAAUCAUCAUGCCGUGUACAAUGCAGCUUGGAUCUACCGUUUUGCCAUCGAUCCCAACUAUCCCUGCCAGACUAUCAUGGAGCCAAUGGUGAAGUUAGUGGUCAAGAACUGCAUAGGCGGUGGCUACGCUUCGCUGGAGUGUACCAUCUCCGAGUGGCAGGAAAGUGAGCGCGACUUCUAUGAUGAUUUUGGUUUCGUUACACGGCAGAUCUACCACAAAAAAAUCAUAGGCAGCAGUUUGGCAGUGAUGAAGACGCAGCUAACUUACGGUUUGCGUAAUGACGAGGCAAUGCAUAAGCAGAACUAGUGCAAUAUCCACGGUGCAAUAUAGAUAAUCUCGAUGUUUUGUGUAAUCUAGUUUAAUAUUUACGUAUUUAUUCUGUGAACUUUACAUUCCAGUCACUUAUUGCGUCCCGAACUCAAAUCACACCGAAUUAAGCCCUAUAUGGUAGAUCUUGGGCGAUACGACAAAGUUUAAAGUGAAUUUAGCCAUAAUUUUGCAAGGUAAUGCUUAUAUUUAAGAUAACAUUCCAUAGAAAUGCCCAAUGUUCUUUAGAUUUGACGUUUCGCCGAAGAAAAGAAAUACCAUCUAGAAUAAAGCUAAUUUAUAAUCGCCACUCUCGAAAAGUUCGAAUAAUUGUAAACACUUCGACAUUGCUUUUGUCCUGUUUUAUUAUCUCUGGUUUAUUCUUUGACAUAUUCUAUUUAAAUAAAUAAAUAAAAUAUUUAGUAAUAAA